CCGCCGCUGCCGCUCCAAUGGCGCGCUGCGCUGCCGGGCACGGCCCCUCACGGUCACACGCCGCUGCCGGCUCGCCGCGCUGGCGCCGGGCCCGCACCGAGGGGUGCCGGGGAGGGCGGUGAGAUGGCGGCGGUGCUGCGGCGCGGAGCGGCCGGGCUUCUUAGCAGAUUGCAGACUUGUGCUCCCACAGUACAAACUCUAUCACCAUCAAAGUCCUUCUCACAAAACAUUCCAAGCUGUUUGUGGAAACUGGGCCGACUCAAUCACGUGGCAAUUGCAGUGCCUGAUCUGGAGAAAGCUCAGUCCUUGUAUAAAGAUGUGUUAGGAGCCCAGGUGAGUGAGACUGUUGCUCUUCCUGAACAUGGUGUCUACACUGUUUUUGUGGAGCUGGGAAAUACCAAGCUGGAACUUCUACAUCCUUUAGGAGAGAAAAGUCCCAUUGCAAGCUUCCUGCAAAAAAACAAGACUGGAGGAAUGCAUCAUAUCUGCAUUGAGGUUGAUGACAUAAAAGCGGCUAUGACAGAAUUGAAGAAAAAAAAGAUUCGAAUAUUGAGUGAAGAGCCAAAAAUAGGUGCACAUGGCAAACCUGUGAUUUUUCUUCACCCUAAAGAUUGCCAUGGAGUCCUUGUGGAACUUGAGCAAGCUUGAGCUGCAAUAUUCAUAAAUUAAACAAUAGAAGAAUUGUGAAGUUCCUGAGCUGGUGCUGGGAAUAUUGAUGUGGUAUUCAGUCUUUGCAAGUUCAUUGAAGUGCCCAUGGAUGAAGUGCAGCUUUUGAGUACUGAAACAGUGCUACACAUUUAGGGUCUGUCUUUACUCUUGUUGCCAAUUUAAUUUUCAGAAUUAAUGUUUGGCAUUUCUUGGAUUCUCUGUGAUUCUGAACACAAAUACACGAGCUGAGUUACAAAUGUACCACAGUAAUUUAUCUUUUGUUGCCUGUUUGCAGCAAGAUUUAACCUCUGUAGCCACAGAAACUGUACAGUUUCUAGGUCAAGCUGCAUUAUUUUGCUCUACAUUUCAGAGCAGAGACCCACUUCCCAGUGACAACAACAUUUUCUUUAGAAAUAAAGGUAUUAUGUUUUCUCUUUUCACCAUUCACCAUCUGUGCUUCACACUGAUUGAUUGGUUCAUGUAAUAAAAAACCCAUAUAUUAUUGUA